AUGUACCGUCUUUAUCGUCGGACUGUAGGCUAUCAGACGCUACACCAGAGGUUGUCAGCGUGCCACGUUAUGUGUCGCCACGUCUCUACGGAUAACAGCGAUGGCACAACACCGCCCAAACCGCGACGCAGCGGCAUCAGGCGCGUUGUCCCUUCUGAUGAGGAAAUGGCGGAACUGCACGAUCUCGAGCAGGAGGUGGCAUCCACAACUUCCUCUCGGUCGAAGCAGUCGGCGCUCUCUGGUGUCAUGGUGGAACCCAUGCGCUUCUCCACUUCCGGUGACUCGGGAAUGGAAGGCGAUGGGGACGAUUUAGGGGAGUUAGAAGCCGAAGGGGACGAAGAGGGUGUAGGAACAAAUUCGUUGGCUGAAGCGGAAAACGUAUACAAAAGACACAAUGAUGGAGGUGCGCUGGAGAAGCGGGGCUUGGCGAUCCCACCAUCAGGGAAACCGACAGACCCGCUGCUGGCCAACAGGGACGAUGAAGGAGAAGGGGGCGCGGUGCCUUUGUCACAGGCGGAGGAAAUGACGGUGAGUCGCAGCACACUUGAACGACAAGCUUGUGUGCGCUCGCUUUCCCUAGAGGAGUUGGUGGAGGCUGUGACUCUUUACCUGCGUGCGACGAAGAACCCACGGCUGGUGUCCGCCGAUGAGGAACAUAUCUUUUUUCCUGUUCUCAUGGAGCGUCUGAAUGAAUUCCACGUCAGCCAGUUGCUGGAUGUUGUGGAAUGCCACUGGGCCCGUUCCACACUUGUGCGGUACGGUACAACCUUCAAGGAUAUGGUUCGUGACAGAAUUGCACUUAUUGCAACCGCGGCGGCAAAGAGCGCCUCCAAGCGGCCGGCGGCUGCGGGGGAGAGUGGUAAUGAUAACAGGGAUGGUGGUGCCGUGGAGGAGGAAGCUGAUGAUUAUGAUGAACAAGGAGGUGCAGUGUACGUGCACGAGGCAGAGGAGAAAACUUCAGACCUUAUCAUCCUUCGUGCGGCCGAGGAAAUGUCACCCGAGACAGUGCUGCGGUGCAUCAUUGUUAUGGGCAUGAGUGCUGGUCGUAGAAAGCGGGACCUGCAAUUCUUUCAGGCGAUGGGUAUGUUUUUAGUUCACCACAUUAAUCACUACAAAGAUCCACACGAAUUGGUGCGUGUGCUCACGGCUUUUGCUCGCGCUAAGAUCGUUCCACCUAAACGUUUCCUGGCGCUCUUAGGUCGGCGUUUUGCUGUGCUCAACAAACGGAAAAAGUUAGGCUCAUUGCCUAGUUACCGAGCGUCCGUUAACCUUUACAAAAUGGGCCACGAUCAGAUGAACACUUUUCGGUUUCUUGCGGACUGCAUUUUGGAGACAAUUGAUUCCAACAUUAAAGCGGAGAAGAAACGGCUGCGCUUGGCCCAACUUCAAGGCAGCUCUAACAUUACCGCCGCUACGACCAACGAAAACGGUGCGACUAAUGAGAGCGGAUGCGGUGGCUCCACAAGUAGUUCUAACCCAACUGUAACUAAUACUACUGGCGCGGGGGAUUUAAAGGCAACACACACAUCUGAAGGAGCUUCCGACGUCGCAUUCAUCGGGGAUUUGGACCCGCAUCUGCUACAGAACCUGAGAGCACGGGAGCGGUUCAAGAGGCUAACGGAACUAAAACCGUCAAUGUUUACCAAGCUUCUCCUUGUUCUUGCACGCUUUGGCGCACCGCAUCAACAGUACUUACGACCCACAACUGUGCCGCUCAUUCUUCCCACAUUGCGGGCCUUCCCACCACCGAGUUUUACACGUUUACUUCGCGCCAUGUCUCUCUUCAGGACGACGGAUUUGGACCUCAUCGAACCUGUCAUCGACUUCAUGGCCGAUAGCCUUGGUCCAACAAAUGUUGUACCCGCAGAUGUGCUGCAAAUGGUCCGCCUGGUGGCGCCGCCUGACGUACCGGUACCCCGCAACCUUGUAAAGCUCAUAUCGUUAUGUGAGGCAGUGUACUCCAGCUCGGCCUCGUUCAGCCACUCUGAUGGGAAAAGUAGCGAUAGCGCUGAUGCCGCUGCGUGUGCAAUGACCACGUUAUCCCCAAUACGACCUGGGGAUAUGUGUGCCGUUGCAGUUGUUUUAUUAAAGAUUCAAAUGAAGGACGAUGUGCCACUUGAGGCGUUGGACCCACUCACCCGCUUGAUGGAAUUCUUUGCAGAGCGAAUGUACCUUCUAAUGAAGUUACAUAUCGUUUCAUUGACGCACGUUGACGUCUUCACGGAUCUUUGCCGACAGCAACAACAUCCGGACGUGUCGGGGCAUAUUGAACGGCUUUGUGCUGAACGGCGUCGUGUAAAUGAUGCAGAAGGUGAUGACGAAUAUUACAGCCAGUUGGACAUUGACGUGCGCGAAACCCUUCACCGCAUCCUUAUCGUAAACGACUAUAACACCUACGGUCAGUACCGCCCCACACCUGGCGUUCUGCAAGUGGACUUCAAGCAGGCACUAACAGAAGUUAGUGCUUUCGAUGUGCUUGAGGCGGCAGACCUUUUCGCUCAAGCUUUCUCCAAUGCUCUAAAGCCAGCUGUGGAACGGCAUCUCAGCAGAAGUAUUAUCGCUAAGCUGGACGGUGGUGGGGAGGAGGUCAUUACGGAGGGGAACAGCAUUGUCCUUCGGCCUCCGCGCGAAUUACUGCUUACGCGUGAAGAUCUUGGGAAGUUUGUGUGCUUGCUUCAACGGACACCGCUGAGGCGGGUGCGGGCAUCGCCAGUUGUGUGGCGAUUUGUUGAAGAAAAAGCGAAGAAACUGGGGAUGGAUGAUGUACUGAGGGUGGUCGAGAAUAAACUGGCCACAGCAGUUUAG